AUGCGCGGCGGCAAGCGCACCCUCGAGGAGCUCGCCAACAAAUCCGAUUCGAACGACGAAGACUACAGCGAUUCUCCCGCCCCACGAAGAUCGAAGUCAAGCCCCCGAAAGAAACCCGGACACGGACACGCCAAGAAGAGGCGACGUCGUGAUUCGAACAAUGACAUUGUAUCUGAUGGCCUCGAUCUGAGCGAUGAGGAUUUAUCCUUCGAUGAAUCAGAACCGGAAUCAGACGACCCAAAUGUCCCACGCAAUGCACGUGGCACUGCGCGUCGAAGAACAACUCAAUCUCGACCGAUGUAUGAAGAACCUUCCGACGAGGAGUCAUCAGUACGAGACGAGGAUCCCGACGCAGAUGCCGACGGAGAAGCUGAAGACGAUAUCGUUGGUUCUUUGCCCAAGAAAAGUACUAUCCUGAAGCUCAAGGUACCACCUGAAGCCCUGCAACCAACUCGCAGAACCACUCGCCGCACCCGCGGCGCCUCAGAGGACAUUUACGCACUGACAAAUUCUGGACGCCAUAUGGAGACCGUUGAACGUGGCACUAUCAGCCCAGAAGCUGAAGGUUUACGCCGAAACUCACGGGGCCGCCGAUCAUCAAAGCAACCUGUCAUGAGUGAAGUUAUGGAGACAACCCUGGAAGUCAUGGAAAGUGCGCCUCAGAGCUUUGCCGAAGGAGAUACGCCAGCUAUCCCCGACGCUGAGGAUAAUAAUGGUGAUGUUGACAUGGCCAAUGAUGAUGGGAUUGUCCCAGAGUCCGAAAAUGGCGACGCGAAGGUCGAAAAUGGUGACGACGACGACGACGAAGAUGAUGAAGGACCUAUUACUCGGCGACGAAGCCGGCCGAAUCGGGACCAAGUAGAUGAUGAAGAGGAGCAUGAGCCUGAAACUGAAGAACCUGAACGCCGUCGAUCUGGCCGCAAGAAGCCAUCCUCACAAAGGAAGAACGACGAGAGCGACUUUGAACCAGAGGAAGAAGCUUCCAACGACGAGUCUAUAGAUUCACAUUCUGCCAAAUCCUCGCCUCGAAAACAAAGCCAGGCUCGCGAUGAAGAAGAAGACAGCGCCACUGGUCGGCGUGCCGGUUUGCGCAAACGACCUUCACGCGCCCAGUCCGAAGUCGCAGAGGAACUUGCCGAAGAACUGCAAGACCUGCGAGGCGGUCGCCCUCGGCGUCGUAUGGCGCAAGAGAUAGUUUAUGAGAAGCCUCGUCGGAGCCGCAAGGAUGUUGAUUAUCGCAUCAUUCGUCCUGAUUUGGUCUUGGCAGCUGAUGAUGCCGAUAACGAUUUAGUAACCGAGUCUCCAUCUCGCCGUGGGCGUGGUGGCGGCGGUGGAGGUUGGCAACGAAGUUUGUUUCCAACAUAUGGUCCUUUUGGUGGAGGUGGUCCCGCAGCUAUUCUUGGCCCUCCUGGCGCCCCUGCUGCGACUGGAGGCGUGGAAACCGACAGUAGUGAUGACGAAGUUCCUCAGCCUCAACAUCCUAAGGGUCAUGGCCUUGCUACCGGUGGCCUUGUACCCCAAGCUCAUUCAGGCGACCCGGCCCAGAAUACCUCUGGCACGCCAGCCAACUUCGGCAAGGUCAAGGACAAGCAAGCAUUGGCUGAUGCUGAUCCGCUUGGUGUGGAUAUGAACGUCAACUUCGACAGCGUGGGUGGCCUUCAGGGACACAUUGAUCAACUCAAGGAGAUGGUCUCGCUUCCGUUGCUAUACCCGGAAAUCUUCCAAAGGUUCCAUAUCACACCCCCACGUGGUGUGUUAUUCCAUGGUCCUCCUGGUACCGGUAAGACGCUUUUGGCUCGGGCAUUGGCAAAUAGUGUCAGUUCUGAAGGCCGUAAGGUCACCUUCUAUAUGAGGAAGGGCGCGGAUGCUUUGAGCAAAUGGGUCGGUGAAGCUGAGCGUCAGCUCCGACUACUUUUCGAAGAAGCCCGCAAAACGCAGCCCAGUAUUAUCUUUUUUGAUGAAAUUGAUGGUCUGGCGCCCGUUCGUUCCAGUAAACAGGAACAAAUUCAUGCAUCGAUUGUUUCCACUCUCCUGGCAUUGAUGGAUGGUAUGGAUGGACGUGGUCAAGUCAUAGUGAUUGGCGCAACCAACCGACCUGACUCCGUUGACCCUGCCCUUCGUCGCCCUGGUCGCUUCGACCGCGAGUUUUAUUUCCCGCUCCCCAAUAUUGAAGGUCGACGUGCAAUCUUGGAUAUCCACACCAAGGGUUGGGACCCCGCCCUCCCUAUCCAUAUCAAAGACGAGCUAGCCAAAAUCACCAAGGGCUACGGUGGUGCCGACUUGCGAGCUCUCUGUACCGAAGCCGCCCUCAAUGCUGUUCAACGACAGUAUCCCCAGAUUUAUAAGUCAGACAAAAAGCUUAUCAUUGAUCCUAAAAAAAUCGAUGUUAUCCCCAAGGAUUUCAUGCUGGCAGUCAAGAAGAUGGUCCCGUCCUCUGAAAGAACAACUUCCUCUGGCGCAACCGCAUUGCCUCAGAAGGUCGAGCCCCUACUGCGCCAGGCGCUAGCUGAUAUCGAGGCUUCUCUCGCUGAGAUUUUACCCCAGCGAAAGAGACUCACUGCCCUGCAGGAAGCUCAGUAUGAGGAACCCGCAGAUGGAAAUGGAUUCCGACGAGAACAAAUCAUGCAGGACUUCGAUCGUUCGCGAAUCUUCAAGCCGCGCUUGCUUCUUCGUGGCUCUCGGGGAAUGGGGCAGAAAUAUCUCGCAGCGGCCCUCUUGCAUCAUUUUGAAGGUCUCCACGUUCAAGCAUUCGAUCUUCAAACACUUCUCAGUGACUCUACAAGGUCGCCAGAGGCGACUGUAAUCCAACUGUUUUCCGAAGUGAAAAGAAACAAGCCGAGUGUAAUUUACAUCCCGAACCUUCACUCUUGGUCAGAAACGGUUGGCCAUACUGUAAUAUCGACGUUCUUGGACUCGCUUGACUCAAUACCGCCCACUGAUCAAGUUCUACUGCUUGCUGUUCUUGAAUCAGGCGAAAGGGAAACAGAUCCCGCUUUACUCAAGGAACUGUUCGGUCUCUCUAAGAUGAACACGUUCGACAUUGAAGCCCCUGGCAACAAAGCACGACACGAAUUCUUUGAUAAAUUGAUCGAAUACGUUCAAACGGCUCCAGCCGAUUUCCCCGACCCCGAAAAGCGCAAAAUGCGGCAACUCGAGGAGCUCGAAGUUGCACCUCCGCCACCUCCCACACCUGAAUCGCAAAUGACAAAGGAGCAGGUUAAGGCCCAGAAAAAGAAGGAUCGACAGACCCUCAAUCUCUUAAAGAUCCGGAUUCAGCCUAUCAUGGAUCAGAUUAAGAAAUAUAAGCGUUUCCGGGCCGGGGUGAUCGAUGAAGCACAAAUCCGAUACCUGUGGGAAGAGGCCGAUCCGAACAUUGUCACCAGCGAUGUUCCUGUCGAAGAUCCGUAUACAUACAGACCUUUCGAGAAGGAUUACGAUAAACACGGCGUCCCUGGUCUUCGCGAGACUGUGUCAGGGAAAUUUUUCUACAACAUGGAGAUCGUAACAAUUGAGAAGCGCUUGUCCAAUGGUUACUAUAAACGCCCAUCUGACUUUUUGGCGGACAUCAAGCGAAUUGCUAAGGAUGCACGCCAAUUGGGCGACCAAGAACGGCUGUUGCGUGCGACUGAACUUUUGUCUAACGUCGAAGUUGACAUUUCCACUAUCGAGUCAGCCGAGCCGGCGCUUCUUGCAGAAUGCGAGAAUGUCUAUCUACGCGAAACGGCUCGUGAAAAGGAGGCAAUCGAGCGUGCAAAACUCGCUGCUGAAGAAGCGGAGAAGACAGCUUCACGACCUGUCACUGCCAAUGGCCUCCUUGGCAAUGUUGAAUCAAGGGCUUUCUCUGCUCAUGAUUCACGCCCAGUGACACCCACCAAGCUGUCAAAUGUGAGCUUUGUCAACGGAGACCACAAUGGCGGUGGCUCGGAUUUGAACGACUCUGGCUCUCAUGUUCAGAGCAAUGGCUCCCAUGGCGAUGGCGACGGUGAUGUUUUCAUGACCAACUCUGAGGAUCACUCUGGCGAUCACUCUGGCAGCAAGGAUACCCAACACAGCUCAUUCGGACCCUCUGCACAGCCGAAGCCAGCAUACUCGCACACUGCGCCUUCUCAGCAGCUUCGGCGAGAGUCUGGUCUCUCCAGCUUCUCACAAAAGGGACCCAUGACUCCCAUGGCCCCUGGGUCUCAACCAGCUGACUACACAAACGAAGCGUCUACUACCCAGACAACCUCUGACAAGAAGUCUUCCGAGCAAUUGUCCAACCAACAAAACCAAACAGAGAGCCCCCAGGUCUCACGGCAUGAAUACCCCGACCUGACGCCCUAUCCCGAUCGCGUCUCACAGGAGGAACAUCUGCCUGAUACUCAGCAAGGAGGUAGUAGCCAGCCUUCGCCGCUACCACGGGACUCGCAAGCUUUGACCCAGCCAGACGAGCACAGCGGCUUGAAUGGCAGCCAUUCGCAGUCGCAGCCGAAGCCACAGCCUCCUCUUUUCGACUCCUCCAAGCCCACAGCGAAUGCGUCCGCCAAUCUGCAAUUGUUGCUGAAUAGUGAACCGACACCCGAGCUUGUUAUUGACCACGAGUAUGUUAUGCAUCUGCACACCGAGUUAACUCAGCAAACAAGCGGCUGCUCUGUGGCACAGCUCGAGCAGGUUAAUGCUCGCUUGAUGGACUACAUCUGGCGCAUGCGUGGCGAGUGGAACCGGACAAAUGUGGCCAAGGGUAUCACUGAAACGUUCAAUGCGACCUUGGAGGAUAUGCAGUCCAUGCAGGAGGUCGGGCCGAUCAGCCAUAAUACCAAGCAGCAGAUGGCCAACCAGAAUUACUAA